AUGGACGCAAAUUCUGCAGUUGCUGCUUCGUAUCUACCAACCCACGGACGCGGUGCUCAUCAUUCCCAUAUUCCGGCUCAUGGGGGUGAUCCUAACGCCUUGAUAAAUCAAUUUGCCAACAUUGGUCUCGGCGGCAUGAGCAUGCCUGGUGGCGCUGGCCCCGUUCCUAUGGGCCCUGGGCACGCCUUCAUGAUGGGUUCCGAUGGCCAAUUUGUUCUUGCACCAAUACCUGGCGGUGGCCAGCAUCUCGGUAUGGGCCACGGCAAUGACGCACACUACCAGGGCUUCUCGAUGCCGCAUGGCAGCUACGCUGCACCAUACGUCGGCGUUCCUCUUCCUCUCAUGCCUUACACUCCCGGACGUGCCAAUACUGGACACCAUCGGGUGGAUAGAGGCCAAUCAGAGGUACCUGGUCUCGAAAAUCGUCGCGGAUCAUACUCUACUACGGAGUCUACGCCCGCCACGCCAUUCUACGGCGCCGUCUCUCAUCGCGACAGUGGCCCCCGCGUUGCAAGUCUUGACCGAUCUGCUUAUACCACCCCUUCGCCUCAGCAAAUUGGUCUUCCCACUCUUCAUGCAGAUGCUCCAAAAGCUACCUUUUCUGCUGUUUCGGAAGCCGCCCUUGAUGAGCUUCUCAAGAAAGAGCCUGCCAUCCCCAAAGCUGUUCCUGCCGUUUUCACCCCACCAAAUCAGAUGAAGUCUAUCGAGCAGAGUCUUGACAACAGAAUUCCAGGCAACCGCAACGUCUACAUCCGGGGACUGCAUCCGACCACGGAUGACGAGCUUUUAUUCCAUUUCGCCUCUCGUUUUGGCGCCGUCGAGACUUCCAAGGCCAUCAUUGACACUGGCACUGGUGCCUGCAAAGGAUUUGGCUUCGCAAAGUUCUUCACUUCGGAAGACUCCGAAAUGUGCAUUCGAGGCUUCCAUAAGCUCGGAUAUGAAGUGGGAUUUGCGCGAGAAUCAUUCAACUCUCGCCUCAAGGCUGAGGGUGAUGAGGGUUCUACAAAUUUGUACAUCUCCAAUUUACCCAAGACCUUGACCGAAGUGGAGCUUGGCACCAUUUUUCUUGGCUACACCAUUCUUUCCAGCAAGAUUCUACGCGACAGUAUGGGUAACAGUCGUGGCGUUGGCUUCGCUCGCUUCGAAACACGCGACGUCUGUGAUGAAAUCAUUAGAAAAUUCAACGGCGUCGGCAUUGGUGAAGAGGGCUUGCUCAUGAAUAUCCGUUACGCCGAUACCCCAUCACAGAAAGAGCUCAAGCGAGUUACUGCCGAGCGCCGUCAAUUCCGGACCAACGAAUAUAACAUCGGUGCCUAUGGUACCCCUCUGGUUGGGUUGAACCCAACCUUGUAUAAUCAACAUUCGCAGUGGCGCCGCUCCAUUCCACAGUCUCGAAGUGGUUUGUCAGCUUCGUCGAAUGGCGACAGCAGUGCUAUGAGACACUCGGGUACCGCGCGCGGUCUUUCCGAGGCGGCUACAAGCUCGAGCACUGACGCUACUAUCUCUACCCCCACUACUUCCGAGUUCGAUGAGGGCACGACGAUUCACGCCGAUCAUGCCGGAGCUGCCGUUGUAAAGAAAGAGAAUGUGCCGACUUCGCCAUCAAUGGUGAAGAAAGAGCCCGCCAACUGA